AUGAGAGGUGUGCAAUUGAAGUGUUUAUACAUCUUUCAAUGCAAUACUUUUGUUCGUGAUAUGGUAGUAGUGGCGGAGCCUCGAGAUGUAUCACCCACGAGUCUAUGUCAUAAGAGACUAGGGCACAUGAGUGAGAGGGAUUUGAAUGAAUUGAAUAAGAGAGGAUAUUUUGGCAAGCAUAAACUUAAUGAUUUGGAGUUUUGCGAGAACUGCAUAUACGGUAAAGUUAUGAGGGUAAAAUUUAGGAGGUCGGUUGAGGUGACUCUAGAGACGCUCAAUUAUGUUCACUCAGACUUGUGGGGGCCGAAGAGGACUAUAAAUCUAGGUGGAGGUCAAUACUUUUUCACAUUCAUUAAUGAUUGUUCACGCAAGAUUUGUUUAUACAUCUUGAAGCACAAGGAUGAGACAUUUUCUAAGUUCAAGUAG